AUGGAAUCGAACAUUCGAACCUCUUGCCUACAAAAUGAUGGGAUAUGUCCGACUACCGACAAGGAGAGCCACCAAGACGAGUCCACAUUGACGAGAAUGAAAGACCUGGGGAAGCUGCUUCAAGACCAAGGAAAGUACGAGGCGGCGGAGCAGAUUAUCCGGCGAGCGCUGGCAGGUUAUGAAGAGAGCACUGGGACUGGAUCGACCGGAUACGCUGAUAUGCGUGAGCAACCUGGCGACAGUGAUUCAAAUACAAGGAAAGUACGAGCAGGCAGAGGAGAUAAAUCGACGAGCGCUGGUAGGGUACACAAAGGCCUUAGGAGCAGAUCAUCCUCACACCCUGAGGAGUAUGAGCAAUCUGGCAACGGUGCUUCAGGACCAAAGAAAAACGCAUUAGGAGCAGACCAUCUUGACACGCUGACUUGUGUAGGCAAUCUUGCCAUGGUGCUUCAAGAUCAGAAGAAGUACGAAGAGGCAGAAAAGAUGCACCGCAGAGCGUUGACAGGGCACCAAAAGGCCCCAAGAGCGGAAUAUGUCCCCUUUGAGAUGUCUAAUAUCGCCCAAGGAAAGUCCGCAACACAAUCUGCCUCCCAUUCUCUGGCUGUCAAGUCAAACUAUGGAUGCAUCAGGGACGGAAGCCACUCCGAUCAUGGCCUCAACUAUCCAGAAUCGUUUGUCUCCGACACAUUUUCGAAACAGAGAACACAUGCGAUAAACGAACGAAAUCGCAGAGACCGGCUUUCUCAAGCAAUUCGAGCCCUCCAAAGCGUAGUCCCGCAAAUGGAUUCGGUCGAAAUGCAGAAGAAAGGGCCACCUAGAGCGAUUACGGUGGAAAAGGCAAUCGAAUAUAUUGUUACACUUCAGCGAGAAGUGGAUCGACUCCGCAAAGAAUCUUCGGCCAUUACUCAAGACGCCGAGAAUCUCUCCGACCCGAAACCAGCAUCCAACAAUGCCGCCUGUAGUUGA